AUGACUGAAGCUUCUUCUACUACACCUUCUUCUUCUUCUUCUUCCUCUACCAACGGCACUGAAAGCCUCCUGCCCAAGUCUAAUCCUUAUGGACCUAACCCAAGCGAUUUCCUCUCCAAUGUCAGCAGUUUCAAGCUGAUUGAAUCCACCCUGAGAGAAGGUGAACAAUUUGCCAAUGCCUUUUUCGACACUGAAAAGAAGAUUGAAAUUGCCAAGGCUCUUGAUGACUUUGGUGUCGACUACAUUGAGCUUACCUCACCAGCUGCUUCCGAACAAUCGCGCAAGGACUGCGAAGCUAUCUGCAAACUCGGCCUCAAGGCUAAGAUCCUUACCCACAUUAGAUGCCACAUGGACGACGCCCGGUUAGCUGUCGCAACUGGUGUCGACGGUGUCGACGUUGUUAUUGGCACCUCCCAGUUCCUUAGACAAUUCUCCCACGGUAAGGAUAUGAGUUACAUUGCCCAGUCUGCAGUUGAAGUCAUUGAAUACGUCAAGUCCCACAAUAUCGAGAUUCGAUUUUCUUCCGAAGACUCGUUCCGAUCAGACCUUGUCGAUCUUCUCAACAUUUACAGAACAGUCGACAAGAUUGGUGUCAACCGUGUUGGUAUCGCUGAUACCGUUGGUUGCGCAAACCCCAGACAAGUUUAUGACCUUGUCAGAACCCUCCGUUCCAUUGUCUCUUGCGAGAUUGAAUGCCAUUUCCACAAUGACACUGGCUGUGCUAUUGCCAAUGCCUACUCGGCCCUUGAGGCUGGUGCCACCCUGAUUGACGUUUCCGUCCUGGGUAUCGGUGAGAGAAAUGGUAUUACUCCUCUUGGUGGUCUCAUGGCCCGCAUGAUUGCUGCUGACCGCGACUAUGUUCUUUCCAAGUACAAGCUCCACAAGCUGAGAGAUCUCGAGAACCUGGUUGCUGAGGCCGUCCACGUUAAUAUUCCCUUCAACAACCCCAUUACUGGUUUCUGUGCCUUCACCCACAAGGCUGGUAUCCACGCCAAGGCCAUUCUCGCUAACCCCUCUACCUACGAGAUUCUUAACCCUGCUGAUUUUGGUCUUUCCAGAUAUAUCCACUUUGCUAACCGUCUCACUGGCUGGAACGCUAUCAAGUCAAGAGUUGACCAGCUCAACCUUCAUCUUACUGAUGACCAGUGCAAGGAAGUUACUGCCAAGAUUAAGAAGCUUGGUGACAUUAGACCUCUGAAUAUCGAUGAUGUUGAUUCCAUCAUUCGUGAUUUCCAUGCCGAAGUUAACACCCCAAGGCUCGGUCCUGUUGGCGAUGAGCCUGCUCCCAAGAGAGCCAAGACUGAGGCUUCGUCUCUCUCUAACGAGGUUACCCAGGAGGAAGAGGCCAAGACUGAGGAGGCUCCUUCUGCUUAA